GUUGUGUUUACCUGUUAACCCGUAAUGUUUUCGUCGUGUUGUUUUUAGUUUACCUUUGGCUUUUGGAGUUCAUUGUUCUGGCCUACACGUACCAUUUGUAGCAUAUAUAUAAGAAACAUGACUCACUUGUAUCUGAUGUCUCAUGUUUUUACCAUAUUUUUGGCGUUAUGCGUCUUUUCUCCAACGUGCCCCGUUGAGUCGGUUGACGCAGAUUUGUCAGACGUUUUGAGCAAUUAUGAUGUUCUACACCAAUCGCAAAUAUCACACAUCAUAGUGAAAAGAGGCACCAAGGGAAAAGGUGACCACGUAAAGGAACUUAAAUUUUCCGGACUUGGAAGACAUUUCACAUUGUCAUUAAAACCAACAGUGGGGUUAUUAUCGCCCCAGUUCAAAGCAUAUGUUGUGGAUGGGUACGGCAACAAAGAAGCUGUUCCUGUUGAUCCAGAGAUUUUCUUUUCGGGUGUUGUCACAGGUGAGAAAACAUCUAGUGUGCAAGCCUAUGUGGACGAUGACAACCUGUUGACUGCCACCAUAGCAACACCUGAUGACACAUAUCACAUCGAGCCGAUGUGGCAGUAUGCUCCUGAAGGAGGAAAUGACUCGAUGGUCAUGUACAAGGGAUCUGAUGUCAAAAGAAUUCAGAAGCACCACUCACAUGACAGUUUCUGUGGGUACGUGACACCACCCCCAGGAGUUAUUGUGGACAACAAAAUUGAUGAUGAGGAGCACAAGAAGUCAAAGAAAGGGAAAAAUCAGGGAUUCUCAAAGGAAAAUGACAUUGCAGACAAACACAGCCGAGUGAAGCGCCAACAGCAAAGCAGUCAUUCCGAUGGAAGGACACGUUGUUCUCUGUUCCUCGUUGCUGACUAUAAAUUCUUUAGUGAAAUGGGACAGGGUAACAGAUUGAAUACGAUUAAUUACCUAAUUGGUUUAAUCCAUGUGGUCAAUGAGAUAUACCUAUCUACUACGUGGGAGAAGAACAUCACAAACAUGGCGUUUGUUGUGAGAGAUAUUCUCGUACACAAAGAGGCACAGAAGAAUCUAGCCGUUGGCGAUGAACAUUACAAUAUGGACAAAAGUGGAUGGGAUGUAAAGAACCUGCUAACGGCUUUCAGCAGAGGUAACUACAGAUCAUAUUGCCUCGCUCACUUGUUCACGCAUCAGAAGUUUGCUGGUGGAGUUCUAGGUCUGGCUUAUGUCGGGUCACCCCGUCAGCACACUGUUGGUGGCAUUUGUACACCUGAAUACUAUUCGGAUGGAGUUUUAUGGCUGAACACCGGGCUCAGCAGCUCUCUCAACUAUGCCAAUAGAAAGGUUGUGAAAAAAGAAGCAAAUAUUGUGACUGCUCAUGAACUUGGUCAUAACUGGGGCAGUGAGCACGAUCCAGACACUGACGAAUGUGCGAAUCCUGACGGUGGAUCUUACAUAAUGUACACCUACUCCGUCAGUGGUUACUACAACAACAAUGACAACUUCUCUCCAUGUAGCAAACGCUCCGUCGGUAUGGUGCUGCAAGCAAAGGCAUCGAAAUGCUUUACAGAGCCAACAACAGCAUUUUGUGGCAAUUUUUUGGUGGAGGAAGGAGAAGAGUGUGAUGCAGGCUUGAUAGAAUCUGGUGAGGAGGACCCAUGCUGUACCCACAACUGCGAACUCAAGUCAGAAUGCAGUGACAAAAACUCCCCAUGCUGUGAUGGAUGUAGCUUUGCGAAUAAGGGGUUCGAGUGCCGAAAGGCAAGCCAACUUGAUGCACUGUGUGAGAAAGAUGCAGAAUGCACGGGCACAUCUGCAGAGUGUCCUAAGGGCAGUCCUGUUGAGAAUGUGAAGAACGUUUCCUGCCUUGACUCCGGAACAUGUAUUGACGGGAUUUGCGUCCCAUAUUGUGAAGUGCGUGAGAUGUUUUCCUGCGUGUGUGAUGGAGGUGACGGAUGCAAACGUUGUUGUCGUAGUGCCACAAGAAACUGCACCAAAUACACAAAUCAAGAUAAUCCAUUUGGCAUUCAGUUGGAUGAAGGCCAGCCAUGUCAUCUUGGCAUAUGCAGUGAUGAGGGUAUAUGUGAGAAGACACAGCAAGAUGCAGUUCAGCGAUUUUGGAACAUUAUCGAAGACAUCGAUAUUAACUACAUAUUGGAAUUCAUCCAUGACAAUAUAGUGGGAACAGUCAUCAUUCUCUCGCUAAUCGUCUGGAUACCAGCCAGUUGCAUCGUGAACUACGUUGACAAUAAAAGGCGCGAGAAGGAAGAAGAGGAAAUGACGUGGAGAAAACCUGAUAACACAAAUCUGAUUCGGGAUUAUGAUGCAAGUCGAAUACGAAAUUUUGGGACGCGUACGGUGAGGUCGAUGCGAGGAAACAACAGUGCACAGCCUUCAGCUGCCCCACCAUUUACUAACAUAGUGGAACCAUCUGUGGACUAUUAAGUUACACUCAACCUUAGAUGGCUUCUACUGCCUAUGUACUACUUAGCUGACCUCUACGUGAAAUUGUGUUAUGAUACAAUGUACGUUGGAGAGGUGUCAUUAUCACUGUGCAACUUAUAAGAAUCUCGUAUUGUACCGUUGCGUGUAGGUUGAAGUAUUGUGAUACCAAUGAUAUAGGAAUCUUUUUAGUUUUAAAACAAAUUGUGAUUUAGACUCAAUUUCUAAGUAAGUUAUAUCACACUUUUUUUAUCAGUUUUUCGACCUGAAUGUCCUGUGAUUAGAUUAUAAAAUGUGAUGGGUGAUUAGACUAUAAAAAAUAUAAAAAUGAAAUCAUUGGAACGUUUGAACGUUCAUUAUUCAUAUUUCAUGCAUUUUUCUUUUGGCAGCAAAUCAGUUCUGCGGUUUCUAGCUGUGUGACAUUAAUUGAAGCCACAUGUUUUUAUAUGGCUUGCUACUAAGCAUAGACAAAUAGCUAUAUGAUCGUGCAAUAUCAAGAAUUCCAUAUAUUACAAAUAUAUUAUUUAUAUGAGAA